AGCUGAGGAGGCGGCUCCCGCGCUCGCAGGGCCGUGCCACCUGCCCGCUCGCUCGCCGCCGUCGCGCUCACCACCGCCAACAUGCUGCCGAGACUGGGCGGCCCCGCGCUGCCGCUGCUCCUGCCGCCCUCGCUGCUGCUGCUGCUGCCGCUGCUGCUGGGCGCCGGCGGCGGCCGCGGGGUGCGCGCCGAGGUGCUGUUCCGCUGCCCGGUCCGUGAGCCGGGCUGCGGCUGCUGCUCCGUGUGCGCCCGCCUGGAGGGCGAGGCGUGCGGCGUCUACACCCCGCGCUGCGCCCAGGGGCUGCGCUGCUAUCCCCACCCGGGCUCCGAGCUGCCCCUGCAGGCGCUGGUCCUGGGCGAGGGCACUUGCGAAAAGCGCCGGGACGCCGAGUACGGCGCCAGCCCCGAGCAGGUUGCAGACAACGGAGAUGAGCACGCUGAGGGAGGUCUGGUUGAGAACCACGUGGACGGGACCGUGAACCUGUUGGGCGGUGGAGGCAGUGCUGGUAGGAAGCCCCUCAAGUCAGGCAUGAAGGAGCUGGCCGUGUUCCGGGAGAAGGUCACCGAGCAGCACCGGCAGAUGGGGAAGGGUGGCAAACAUCACCUUGGCCUGGAUGAGCCCAAGAAGCUGCGGCCACCACCCGGCAGGACCCCCUGCCAGCAGGAAUUGGACCAGGUCCUGGAGCGGAUCUCCACCAUGCACCUUCCAGAUGAGCGGGGCCCCCUGGAGCACCUCUACUCCUUGCACAUCCCCAACUGUGACAAGCACGGCCUGUAUAACCUCAAACAGUGCAAGAUGUCUCUGAACGGGCAGCGUGGGGAGUGCUGGUGUGUGAACCCCAACACUGGGAAGCUGAUCCAGGGAGCCCCCACCAUCCGGGGGGACCCCGAGUGUCAUCUCUUCUACAAUGAGCAGCAGGAGGCUCGUGGGGUACAUACCCAGCGGAUGCAGUAAACCACAGCCAGCCGGUGCCUGGCACCCCCCGCUCCCGCCCCCUCUCCAAACACGGGCAGAGAGAGGAGAGCCUUGCGUGGUGGGCGGGGAGGGUUUUCCAGGAGUGUUGACACGUGUAUUUAUAUUUGGAAAGAGACCAGCACCGAGCUCGGCACACCCCCGCCUUCCCCCUCCCCAGAUGCCUGCACCACCCCCCCCCCCUUCUCCUGUCCCUGCUGGGGAGGAAGGGGCAGUUGCAGUGGUGGAGCUGGGGUGAAGAUUUGGGGGGGGGAAAGAAAUUUUUAUUUUUGAACCCCCGUGUCUCUUUUGCUUAAGAUUAAAGGAAGGAAAAAUAAA